AUUGCAGUCAUUCUUAUUCUUCUUCUUUUUAAUGUUUCAGAGUUAUUUUGAUGCAAAAUAACACAUGCAACAACAUCUGAUGCCUUUCUGCAGAACUCGGAUCGCCUUUCUUCAAUAUUUUAAGAAGGAAUGAAAAUGUAAUAGGCGUUGUGGGCAGAAAACAGAAAGGAGCUUCAUUUGACCAUACUGAGCAUGCUCCAAUGCUUCUGGGCAUGCUCAGAUGCACAGGAAAGGCAGCGUUGUCAAGUAUGAGAAAGAGUUGCUACAGUGGUCUUCUGCAGAGUCUGCCCUUUGGAUGGGGCUCGGGUUUAGAUUCCAAGGGUUGGACUCCGAGGAUUCAGUUAUACUGGGAAUGUGACUGGAUAUUGUUCUAGUGACUGUGUUCCUCACUCGGAAUAUCCUGACAGUGCUGUGCCCGUGGCACAGUAUAGCAGGUUGCAAGGCUCAACCACUCCCCUUGCAGAAAUUCUAAAGUCCUCUGUAAAAUGCUUGCCAAGCAUAAAAUAAGGCGACUGUUGCUAAUGGUGCCUGGAAAGAAACGCUUUGGUGUGUACAGGUUUCUUCCAUUCUUCUUCGUUCUUGGAGGUGCUAUGGAAUGGUUUAUGAUCAAUGUACGGAUUGGCAAAGAGACUUUUUAUGAUGUUUACCGUAGAAAGCAAUCUGAGAGACAACAAGAACAGAAUUUGGAAAAAUGAAUUCAUCCUCCAGAAUUAAUUUGAUAUGAACCAUAAACUCCUAAAUCCUGUAAUUCUUUGGUUAAAAGUACAAGAAGUCUUCAAGCUGAAAACUACAACCAUGUCUCAUCUCAUGGAAUGUGGCUUUCAUUACUGGACUAAAGGCAGAUGAUGUUACUGCUGUGUCUUGGAAUAUCCGCUUCUACCCAGGAACUAAAGAUAAAGACUGAUACACAUGUCAUUUCUGAAGAAAUUCAUUGUUGAUUUAAACUAAAAUUUACCAUUGCUUUUUUUUUUUAGAAGCUCUUCUUUACAAACACAGCUUGCAUUUCUACUCAUAUGCAUGCUGCUUAUGUGUAUGAGACAAAUGUGUGGUAAUGAUGUGGGUCCAUGCUGUGAUUGACUGCAGCAUAAUGUGAGGGUAUAUGAUAUGGGCUUACGCAGUGACUGUCUGCAGCUCUCCACUGGACAUUGACAAAUACGUGUAUGACCACGUAACAGAUGGAAGCAGUUCUGAGAACAUAGAGCAAAUUAUGCUAAAGACCUCUUAUGUGAAUCAUUCUCACCAAAUGAAAUUGAUAUCUAACAACAAAGGACUGUUCAGAAUAACUUUAAGAGCCACUAUAUUUAACCAUGCUCUGUAAGGAACAUAACAUGACCUCUGAAAUAGUGAAGAUUUUGUGUUAAAUCUAGUUGUUAUGAUUUAAUUAAAUGUGCGGCAUAGUUCUUGGUAA